AUGUGGGACACCAUUGAAGCUGAGUCUGAGGGCACUGCACACGCUUCAGAUAUUCUUGCGCCAAAGAAGCGAUCAGUCUCCUGGAUAACAACCACUGCGGAGGAUUCCAGUGAAUCCGAGCUGGACCUGGAGGCAUCUCAUGAUACGUCUUUUGAAGCGGGACCUCUUGGGAGUAACAGUAACUCUGAUGAUGACCAAAAGACUGAUUUUUUUCUAUACACACAAUCUAAGACUGCCUGGCGGGUGCCAAUGGUCGUCAUUUUCUACAACGAUGAGAAAUCCGCAACCAUAGAAGAGCUCACCGAUGGGCAUGACUGUGGAAUUAAAACUCAGGAAUCGACUAUCCAAUCCAUCAACGAUAAAGAAGCUGGAAUUGAGCCGGAUAAAGAAUAUAAAAUACCAAUUGAUGAUAAAGAGGCCUUGGAUUUGGCCUCUCCAUUCGCUAUUAACGAAGCUCCACUGGAAGAUCAACAAGAUGCGGAGACAAAAGCACUAUCGUCAUCGGAAGCCGAACCACAGCUAUUCAACGAGGAUCUUGGUUCCUGCACCCUGAAGGAUGAAAAGAUUUGCGACAUAAAAGUUCUACCAGAAGCACAGCAGGACUCAGAUGCAGAGUCUCUAAUCACUAUUGAAGAAGUUAAAGAAGAUCUGUCCCCAACUGAAACCGAACCACAUGCAUCGCCGGAAACACCGAUUAAUGCAGCACUGCCAGGAUUUCAAUGUAGAUCUACCUUACUGCCCCCAGCGUUGAGCGUCUUUGAGAAUAGCCUGACGUGCAACGAUGUGCUGGCCGUGAUCAAAGAGGACAUAGAGCUCUAUGGCACUGUCGUGUUGACCCUGUUGGCUGGUCAGAUCACAGUGAACGGCUUCAGAGCCAAAAAACGUCAAAACUUGACCAUCUACUCCCCCAAGGGCAUCAAUUGGGUGAGCAUUUCUCCGAACAAGCGUGCGAAACCAAUGCAAGAGAAGGUUGAAUGGGACAAAUUGUCUGAGAACUUUACAUGCGCACAAUUGGACAACCUUCAGGGGUGCUUCUAUAGUCAGGAGGAUGCCCUUGUGCUCUUGCAGAGGAACACCAAGGACCAGAACAUGCUCGAAACUUUAAAGCAGUACAUAAGCCAGAUUUUGUUCCCCCAGGUGAAUGGGGCUAAUGUGCCGCACUCGCAAAGCGAGAUGCUGCUCAACUGCUACAUCCAGAGCUCGGACAGAAAACGCACCCUUCAAGUACCUUAUGAGUGGACAAAGCUGAAGAUUCAGAAGACGAGCCGCCUGAUGGUAACCGGUGGGAAGGGUGUCGGCAAGUCCACCCUGCUGCGAUAUCUGCUCAAUCGGCAUUUGAACGCUUUUCCACGCCUACUGUUCAAUGAUUUGGACAUUGGCCAGCCGGAGAUCUUUUUGCAGCAAACUGUCUCCUGCACUGUCAUUGAAGAGCCGCUUCUGGGGCCAGGAUUCCUACUGAACAAGCAGCCGGAUCGGGCUCACGUCGUGGGCGACACAAACAUCGUCAUGUGCCACGAGCAGUAUUUCGAGGCGGUGGUCCAGCUGAUGAGCCACAUCCAAAAUAAUCCCGAGUAUGCCAACAUGCCUUUUCUGAUCAACACGAUGGGCUACAACAGGGGAUUUGGCCUCGAGCUGAUGGCUCUGCUGGUGGACUACAUCAAGCCGACGGAUGUGGUGCAGAUCUCGAGUACCUUACCCAUGAACAACUUUAAGUCGCUACUCGACUGGUCGACCCUUUCAAAGGUCAAAGGUCCCUAUGUCUACAAAAAUACGGCGUUCAUGGUUGAGGGUAAAAACCAUAAGUACACGCUCCACGAGCUGCCCAGUGUUGUCCCACCUAGACAGCAGGGAGUCUGGCGAAUGAGUCCCAGCGAUAUGAGAUUCGCCAAUCUGUUGGUCCGCCUCAGCUCCUGCCUGAGGGGCAGUGCCAAGCACCUGACUGACUGCGAGCCCCUCAGCUCAUCUUUUGUGAAUAUUCAAGUCGUCCAUUCCACAGAGGAAGACCUUGAUAAGAGUAGCAUUAUCGCUGGAAUGGAAGCCAAUGUGGUUUACUUGGCCCAUCUGGAAGCUCAGGAUCUGCCCGUGUGCCUGGGCAUAGGUGUCGUCCGUGCCAUUGACUUUGAGAAAGAGAAGCUGUAUCUCGUGCCGGCCAUUCCUCUGGAGCGAAUGUGCCAAGUGAAUUGCCUUAUAUCCUGUGGAGACAUCAGCCUUCCGCAAAAGUUCUUCACGGAGCCUGGGCCGCAGGUCGGCAGCAACAUGCCGUUCGUCUUUCAGCAGGAUGACAAAGAGCAUCAAUCAGUUCUAUUCGCGCACGUCUUCCAUGAAAAAAGAUUAAUGCUAAACCAGCUACCUGUACUUUUAUGAAAAGUAAAAAUCCAAAUAAAGCUUUAUUGAUAUAGAGGCUAA